AUGGAAUUGCUGCUGAGUGACACAACCACUUACAGGGAAUUAAAAAAGGAUCCCUUGAAAAGAUUAACUAACAAAAUCAAUGAGUUAGUCAAGUCUUGGCGUAGGAGCGGUUUGAUCGAUGGUUGGUCCUUUGUCGAAAUUAUCAAGAACACUGAUAUUGACAAGGACAACAUCAUGGUGUCGCUGGAUGUGGCUUCAUUAUUCACUAACGUCCCCAAAGAUUUGGUAGUAAAUGCUAUACGGAAACGCUGGGAAGAUAUUGCCAAGAACACUAAAUUCAACCUUUUUCAAUUUUUAUUUGCAACGGAAUUGAUCUUGGAUUCAACUUGUUUUGCAUUUAACGGGCGUUUUUAUGAGCAGAUCUUCGGCACCCCCAUGGGCUCUCCACUUUCACCUAUCUUAGCAGAUAUGGUAAUGGAAGAUAUGGAGAUGCAAUGUCUAAGCUCAUUAGGUUUUACCGUUCCUACUUAUUAUAGAUUUGUCGAUGACGUUUUCGCAAUAGUACCACGCGCAAAAAUCAACGAGAUCUUGACAAAGUUCAACAAUUAUCACGAACGCUUAAGAUUCACUUAUGAGACUGAAGAUGACUCAUCCAUUAACUUUUUGAAUGUAAAAAUUAUUCGGUCCGAUAAUAGACUUAUUACUAAUUGGUUCCGGAAACCUACAUGGUCAGGGAG